AUGCCUGUCGCAAGCUUGACUGGGUUGGGAUUCGAGAGUGGGCUGAGCAGGGCUGAGGCGGGACGUUGCAGUGCAUCCGCAUCCGCAUCAGCUUUGGGGCCACACAGUCACGUCGUUGGCAAGCCCAGUGGCCCGGCUCCUGCAUGCAAUGCACUAGCCACACUGUACGAAAUCACGCCGGAUAGUGUGUUUAAUCACCAAUGCGCGCGGAACCGGCUCUGCUUUGCUGAGUGGCAGAAGCGAGGCGUAUGCGCGGGCAAAGAGAAAGGGAUUGGGGGCGUCGGGAAUCACCAAAUCCAAAACAGCCGUCUUUGA